AUUUUCUUCAUUUAUUGAGAAGCAAUCGCUGCUUUGGUAUAUUUACGCUAGGGUUUGGAGCUUUGGAGGAGGUGGUGGUUGAUCAUUCGCCUCUUUGAACAUAUUCAUUUGCUUUCGGAUUCUUCCAUCUCAGAUACCAAGUUUUGUAAGGAGAUCUCAUAGUUAAGAGUUAUUAUUAUUUUAAUGGGGGAUGCAGAAAACAACCUUCCACCAUCCAAGAAGAGGGCUGCUGGAAGGGAAAUAUCCCGAGAUAACCCUGGUCUUGAUGAUGAGGAAGAAGAUCCUGGAAAAGAAAUUGGGACAUUUAAGAGAGCACCCGAAGAAGUGCUAGCAGGCAGGAGGAUUGUGAAAGUUCGUCGCCAUCAAACAUCAUCAAGCCAAUCUGCUCCGCCUUCUUCCAAUCCUUUUGCUGGAAUCAAGUUAAUCACUCCUGGCAGUUCUAGCUUUGCUUCACCUGCAGCUGCAUUUGAAAUCCCUAAUUUGAAAGCUGUAGGCGAAAAGGAUGGAAAGAAUGAUGUGAAUGAGGAAUCUCCAAAGGAUGAUAAGAAUGGCGUGAAUGAGGAAUCUCCGAAGGAUGAGACUAACAAGGCUGACGAGGCAGGAGGGGGGGCUGCCACAGACGAUACGAAACCAGUUAUCACUAAUACGGAAAACAAAACUGAAUUAGAAGGAAAGGCUGAGGAGGCGGGACCAGUUGAGAUCCUUAAUACUGUCGUUGAGGAAACCAAAACCGAAUUAGUGAAUGAGAGUGCACCAGAAGAAGAUAAAACCACAGAACAAGACAACAAUGAUGACGAGGAGGCAGCCGGUGUGGACAAAACCAAGAAUGACUCACCCUUCAGCUCGUUUCAACAGCUUUCAUCAAACCAGAAUGCUUUUGCUGGGCUUACUGGAACCGGUUUUUCCAGUUCGGCCUUCUCAUUUGGGGUUAUAAAUAAUGGAUCUCAGCUAGGUUCUAGUUCUUCUACGGUUGACCUGAAAAGCAGCAAUAUUUCUACCCCUUUCAGUUUUGGCAUUAGCAGCAGCUCUGGUUCCUCCCUAUUUGGGGAUAACUCGAAGAGCGAGUCACGUGGGGUGCCAUCCAUGCAAGCGGUCGCGGUUGAGACAGGAGAAGAACAAGAGAAGUCAGUUUUUGUGGCUGACUCUAUUUUGUUCCAGUUCAUUGAUGGAGGAUGGAAGGAGAGAGGUAAGGGAGAAGUGAAGGUGAACAUCCCAAUAGAUGACGGGACAGGGAAAGGAAAAGGUAGAAUGUUGAUGAGAACGAGAGGCAAUUAUAGGUUGGUGUUGAAUGCGAGUCUCUAUCCUGACAUGAAACUCGCUAACAUGGAAAAGAAGGGAAUUACAUUUUCCUGCAUCAACCAUCCAAGUGAAGGAGAAGAUGGCGGAAACUUAUCUACCUUUGCCUUGAAAUUUAAGGAUGCAACUAAAGUUGCAGAGUUCCGCGAGGCAGUCGACGAACAUAAAGGCAAAAUAGCAGGCAGUUCUUCAUCUGCAGUUCUGAAGACACCAGAAAACUCACCAAAGGAGGACGAAUAAUUCUGCUGCUUAAUUAAGAAGGUUAGAUUGAUCUCUGUCUCUCUUUCUCUUUCUCUUUCUCACUUAAAUCAGAUUGUUGUGUAUUUGCAUGUAUCAGUUUUCUUGGACUUGGUUCAUUUUGUUGUUCUCUCUUUCUUUAUCCAUUACUCAAACCUCUCGGUUAAUUUGGAAAGCUGAUGGAAACUUGGUGAACUUUAGGAAUCAUGUUGAGUAUAAAAUUGCAAGCCUUUUAUUGA